CCCUGCUCCACCACCCUCACUUUAUCUUCCUCUUUUUUUUUCGUGUUCUUCUUCCACCUCCUCCCUUGCACCUCCUGCUUUUGGGACGCCACCUCCCCUCCCGUCUCCUCACUCCUCCCCCCUCAGUCUCCCCUCAGCAGCAGCAGCAGCAGCAGCUUCUCGGUGUUUCGGCGGAGCAGAAGGAGUAAACGGAGGAGCGGCAGAGCGAUGCUGAGAGCGCAGCAGGAUGUCUUUCACCUCCUCCUCCUCCUGGUCCCGGACUCUCCGAGCCUUCCUCCUCCUGCAGCUCCUGCUCGUGCCACCUUGCCUCCUCCACCCGCAGCCGUGCCACGUCCUGGCGCAGAUCGGACACACGGUGCGCGUCGGUGCGCUCCUGCCGGCGCAGCGGGCGGCUCGCGUUCAGGUCCAGGCGGCGCUGAAUCGCGCCGCUGCCGCGUUGAAGCGGGACCAGUAUCCGGACCCGGACCGGGAGCGGGAAAAGUUCCUGCCAUACAACCUGAGCCUGGAGCUGGUGUCCCGGCAGCCAGCUGCCGCGGACCCGGAGUCCCUGUUCCGGUGCGUGUGUCAGGGCGUGGUGGUGCAGGGAGUGUCCGCGGUGUUGGCCUUCCCGCAGAACCGCGACGAGCUGCUACAGGUGGACUUCAUAGCUUCGUUCCUGGAGAUCCCGGUCCUCAGCGUCAUCGAACACGGAGAGCCGCUCCUCGUGCAGAACCGGUUCCACCUACAGAUGAUGACGGGGGUUCCAGAGUCUGGUCUGUCUGAUCUGUUGCUGACAGUUCUGCAGCGCUCUGGUUGGAGGGAGGGUACUGUGGUUCUUUGUCAGGGCUGGGAGGAAGCUGGAGGUCUCUUGCGGCUUCUGGAGGGUCAGAGCAGUGCAUCAUGGGAUGGUGGGGGUGGGGUCACCUGGCACCCACGUGCCCUUCUGAACCUGACGCGGUCUGCCCAUGAUGACACGCAGAUCCAUGACUUUCUGUCCCGACACUUCAGACAGAACCAGCCCCUGCCGGCGUCGGUGCUGCUGUUCGGGACUGACCUGCAGUGCGCGGCGGCGGUGCUACGCAGCGCCCAGGAUCUGGGCCUCACUUUACCCAUGGUGCACUGGGUGCUGGGCCAGCCACUCAACCCCGACGCACUGCAUGCCAUUGGGCUGCCACUUGGCCUGCUGGCCUAUGGACAGGUGGACAGGAAACCGCUUGAUUUUUACGUCAGAGAUGCUCUGCAACUCCUCACCAGUGCUGUCGCCGCGGCAACCAUGGUGAGACCGGACCUGGCCCUGAUUCAGAACAUGGUGAACUGCUAUGACAAACCCAACAAACACGAGGUGCCAUCGUCAGGACAGUACCUGUCCAGGUUUCUGUUCAACACAUCUUUCUCUGGUCUGACGGGUCCGGUCCGAGUCCACCAGAACCAGUCUCAGGUCCUCACCUCAAAGCGGUUUCACAUCUGGAGCCUGCGGCGGGAUGCUCUUGGUCAACCCACCUGGGUGACGGUUGGCAGCUGGGAGGGGGGUCAGCUGCAGGUGGAAGACCAGGGGGUCUGGCAGGGACCCAAACAUCGGCACAGGACAGAGGGGACAGGUGGGAGGACCAGGGGCCGCUGGAGGGCAGGAAUGCCGGUGGCAGGGAGUCGAGUCCGGGUGGUGACUCUAGUGGAACAUCCUUUUGUGUUCACGCGGGACGUGGACGAAGAAGGCAGUUGCCCUGCUGGUCAGUUCUGCCUGGAUGCUGGGACCAACAACUCAGAGACGUUGGAGAGGUUCUUCAGGGAGGUGGCAGCUGGGAACGGCAGCUUCCUGCCUGCCCAGUACAGCAAGUGUUGCUAUGGAUACUGCAUUGACCUGCUGGAGAAGCUGGCUGAGGACCUCGGCUUUGAGUAUGACCUUUACAUUGUUGGAGAUGGGAAGUACGGUGCGUGGAAGGGGGGGCGCUGGACUGGGCUGGUGGGGGAUCUUCUGAAUGGACUAGCGGAGAUGGCUGUCACCUCCUUCAGCAUCAACUCAGCUCGGAGUCAGGUGAUCGACUUCACCUCGCCCUUCUUCUCCACCAGCCUGGGCAUCCUGGUGCGAAGUAAGGACACGGCGGCCCCCAUCGGAGCCUUCAUGUGGCCCCUGCAUUGGUCCAUGUGGGUGGGCAUCUUCCUGGCGCUGCACAUCACAGCGCUAUUCCUCACAUUGUACGAGUGGAAUAGUCCGUUUGGCAUGACGCCUCAUGGUCGCAACAGGAUGAGGGUGUUCUCAUACUCGUCGGCUCUGAACCUGUGCUACGCCAUCUUGUUCGGACGCACUGUCUCCUCCAAGACGCCAAAGUGCUGGACAGGUCGGUUCCUGAUGAACCUGUGGGCCAUUUUUUGCCUGCUGGUGCUGUCCAGCUACACCGCCAACCUCGCCGCCGUCAUGGUGGGAGAAAAGACCUUUGAGGAGGUCUCAGGGAUCCACGACGCCAAGCUGCACCACCCAUCCCGGGGUUUUCGUUUUGGGACAGUGAGGGAGAGCAGCGCUGAGGAUUACAUGAAGAAGAGUUUUCCAGAGAUGCACGAGUACAUGAGACGCUUCAACGAACCAACCACACCUGAAGGAGUUGCCACUCUCAAGACAGAUCCUCCUCAUCUCGAUGCCUUCAUCAUGGACAAAGCUCUGCUGGACUACGAAGUUUCCAUUGACGCCGACUGUAAAUUGGCGACUGUUGGGAAACCGUUCGCCAUCGAAGGUUAUGGUAUCGGCCUGCCUCAGAACUCUCCUCUGACAUCCAACAUCUCAGAGUUCAUCAGCAGAUACAAAUCAGAGGGAUACAUGGACCUGCUGCACGACAAGUGGUACAAAGUGGUUCCCUGUGGGAACAGAGUGUUCGCUGUCACUGAGACUCUUCAGAUGGGGAUCAGUCACUUCUCAGGACUCUUUGUGUUGUUGUGUUUUGGAGUGGGCGGAGCUUUGCUAACUCUGGCAGGUGAACAUGGUUUCUACCGCCUCAUCCUGCCACACAUCCGCCGCCGACAGAACCUCAAGUACUGGCUGCACACCUCACAGAAAAUCCAUCGAGCUCUGAACAUGACAUACGAAGAUGUGAAGAGGCAGCAAGUGGAGAAAGAAAAGAGCUGUAACCUGCUGAAGCCUCAGCCCUCUCAUGGCCCCCCUGCCCCCCCGGCUCCUGGAGUCUCAGCCAAGUGGAACAACGAAACCAGUAAGGACGCGACCACCGCCGCCAUGAAGGAUGCCCGAGACUUCAGACGAGUUCACUUCAACCUGGAGACCCUCAACACCCGCCGCCUGCUCGCUCGCAUCGCAGCCUCCGACACCAAGGGAGGUGGGGCUAAAGGUGAGGGGUCAGCCAAGCCGAAUGCAAGACCAAGCAACAGAGUGUGUGAGAAUGGAGGACCGGUGGCUUCAUUUGCCAGCCUCGUGCUCUCCCUCCCGUCAUCGUCCUCCUCUACUUCUUCCACUUAUUCUGCUGCUCCUCCUUCUGCAACUGUAUCCCCUCCUCCUGAAGUGGCCCCGCCCCGGCCUGGUGAGCUGCAGGCACUCCAAGACCAGAUCGACCAGAUGAGGGAGAAGCUGAGGACAGCUUUGGCCAGGAGGGCUGAGAUCCAGACCACUCUGGCAAAACCCGUCGCCACCGUGACAAACCACCUGACUCCAGCAACCACGACAGCAACGGUGACAAUGACGAUGAAGACAGGAGCCAUGCCCAGCCUCUUACCCACCGUUGCGACUGCAAAACCCCUCCCUGCCAACACAAAGUGUGUCACGACCAUGACAGAUCCGCCUCACAAAGUCCUGUCCAAAGUCCGACCCCUUCACAGCAGAGUUACCAAUCUGAGGAGCUGAUGAUCUCUGUAUGGGUCACAUGACCCUCUUCACACAGCGGCCAUUUUAAUCAGUUGAGAUUUGAUAAAUGAAGAUUUUCUUUUAAAUUGAGUCGACCACAAAGAACAGACAAUUCAAACACAUUAUUUAUAUUAUAAUUAAUAACCAUCACUAUCAACACACUGAUAUUUUAAACAUCCAAGUCAUAUUCAUAAUUUUUAUUGACAUUUUAACCAUUACCUGAAUAGAGAAUAACAAUGUUUAAAAUCCCAUUGAUUUCCUUUACAAAUAAAUUAAUGUUCAGGAGAAAAUUAAGAUUCUAAGGUGUUGAAAAGCCCUUAUUAGUACAAAUAACACAUUUUUUUCUUUACCAGAAUUACAUUUUUUUUAAAACACAUUUGUUUUUUUUAAAUCAGAUUUAAUAGGUUUGUUGGUUUUUACCAGAUUUUACAUGUUUGUCUUUUAUUAUAUUAAAUUAAAUUCUAUUGUUGUUCAUUUUAUUUAAAUACAUUUAUUAUUGUUGGUCUUUUCAUAGUCAAAUGUAAAAUAAAGCAGAGUUUUACCUUCAGAUAAAAAUGCCUUCAAAGAAUCCCGAGGCAUACUUUUUUCAGAUCUUUAUAUAUUUUGUAAUUAUUAAGUUUUAGUUCAGUUUGUGGUUAAAGCAGGUUGUUGGUCCUGCUGCUGCUACUUUGAUGACUCUUCCUUUCUAUGUGUAUUAAAGCUGUUUAACAUUGAUCCAGGAUCUUUUUUGAUCCUGGUUAAGAAACUGGACUUAGCAACAAACAUCAUCAAAUACAGGAGGAUUUAAACAAAAACUACAGGAAGUAAAUGCACCAAACACAACAGGUCUGUUAAUGAUAAUGUGUCAAUGCAAUGAAAGAGUUUGUUCUUUAUGUGGAGGUGAAGAGUAAAAUGGAGUAUUUAAAUACCUUCAUUUUUGAAUGAAUUUCUUCUUAGUUUUAGAAGCAUGAAUUUUCAUCUUCAUUAUAAUGAAAGUCGACAUUUAAAGUCACUUUUUUUUUUAAAGAUAAAAGUCAAUUUAUUCAUCCAUUGAUAACUGAGAUAGUUUAAUGGGAUUUUAACGGCUUAUGUGCAGGGUUUCAGUUAUACAAGCUAAUGAUGAUAAUAUAAUAAGAUAUGGAAUUAUCGAUGGAUUUUAAUUAAUAUAACGAUAAUUCAAAAGCAAAUUCAUUUACACCAAAUUUGGGGUUAAUUAAUGGAUUAUACCGUGUUAAUUAGUGAUGAAUUUAAGGGUUUUUAAACAGUCCAUGAAUUAAUGCAGUGAACUCCUAAAUUUACUUUUUAAAGAUUUUUUGCUCUUUAACUGAAAAUAAUAUUAAAUAUAAUAUAUUUGAAUCCAUUAAUUAUGCCAUCUUGAUUACAUUGCUAAUAAUUAGUAAAUUCAUGGAUUUAUAAGAUUAAAAAAAUGAUUAACUGCCCCUUUAAGGUCUCCUGCAGGUGUGAUGAAAUCAGGUGUUUCCACAGGUUUAAUCCACGUCUUCCUCCUGACCUGUGUUUCUGUGAGGCAUUCAUGGACCUGUCUCCAUGUACUGAUGUGCUGGGAGGCGUUCAUGGACCCGUUUCUUUGUACUGAUGAGCUGUGAUACGUUCAUGGACUGCAUCUCUUUGUACUGAUGAGUUGUGAGGCGUUUAUGGACCUGUCUCCAUGUACUGAUAUGCUGUAAGGUAUUCAGGACCUGUAUCUUUGUACUGAUGAGCUUUGAGGUAGAGCUCUUCAGUAGUCCACUUGACUCGGGAGAUGACACCUGAUCCAGGACCCAAGUCAGACCAUAGCCUGAGAGUCUGCAGUAUCAGCUCUCAUUCUCUUUAUUUUGAUUUUUAAUUUGAUACAUUCAACAGUUUGAUUUGAUUAGAACAUAAUCAUCUGUCAAUUUAUUGAUUUAUUGAUUAUGCAGGAUUUUACAUUAUGUGUACAAAUUUGUGUUUGAAGCAUUAAAUGACUUCUUGUCCUGUGAAGACGUCUACUGUGAGGCAUUCACUAACCUGUCUGUUUGUACUGAUGUAAGGCAUUCACUGACCUAUCUGUUUGUAAUUAAAAGGGAAAUGAGGGUGUUACCAAAUGAAGAGUAUUUUUUUUGUAUUAUCACUUCAUUAAAAAAUACUUUGAGAUGUUA